AUGCCAUCUUCUAAAGGCAAGCCCACCGACCCCGAGCUUCGAGAGGAGCUGAAGGAAGAGAUCAAGCAAGAACCCAAUAAGAACGGUGGCGGCGAGGGACAAUGGUCAGCAUGGAAGGCGUCCAAACUCGCAAAAGAGUAUGAAAAGCAGGGCGGCGACUACGAGAAUGAAGCUGGAUCAAAGAAUGAACCAAAGAAGGGAGAACCCAAGCGGAAGAGCGAAGGGAAGAAGAGUCGGGAGCUUGAAGAUGAAUGA